GCUAUGUUUUAAAUGUAAACGGGGAUUUAUAAAUCAAAAUAUAAAUACUAAUCUGUUGAAUAACACCGAAGAGUAGUAUAAUAAUACGGAAUAACAGCUUCAUCAGUUUUGAUACACUGCGUUUUUUUCAACAACUAUAAAUACCUUAUACAAUUUGUUCGUAUUGAAAGUUUCGUACAAUGAAAACCAAGAAAGAAGUAGCUAACUUGCAAGAAAUAGAAAAUUUACUUGAAAGUGACGACGAGCUACCUUCAUCAUACAAUGAGGACUCUGCAAUGCCAGCAUACGCUAAUGACGAUAGGUUUAAUCCAAUUGUAUUCAAAUGGAUAGAUAACCCUGAAAUGCAAGCAUAUUUCUCAAAUACAGUACAUGACCAAACUGAGUCGUUAAGUGAAUGCCAAGACAAUUCAGAAAAUAUAUUGAGGAAGGAUUUUGAAAGAAAAUAUAUAAGUAAAGGAUUUUUGAGCAAACGAGAUUUGCUUUGUUUAAAGUAUAUAGCAGGAUCUGUUUCUGAUGCCAUAGUUUUAUGGUUUGUAGAUUUCCUUGUGCAUAAAAACUUACAAUCAAAGUAUCAGGGAAAGUUUAAGAGUUGCCUUGUAAAUACUUUCCCCUGUGAUGGUGAUUACUUGAAUACUAAAGAUGAAUAUCAUGAUUUUAAUUCCAUCAAGAAAAAAUAUAAAAUUGUUGUAAAAGUGAAAGACAAUUUGCAAAGAUUUUAGUUAUAACAUAUAGUGUGUAAAUUAUAAGUGAGAUGUGUAAUUACUUUAAUGUUAAUUAACACUGUAUUGUGGAGGUAUAAGAUUAUUUUAAUAAAUGGGGUCCAAUCUCUCAA